AUGGCAGCAAGCAUUGCAUCGAAGUUCUCGUUGAAGGGCCGCAACUAUGUGGUGACCGGAGGUGCCAUGGGCAUCGGAUACAGUAUCACAAAAGACAUUGCAGACGCUGGUGGCAACGUUGCAGUUAUCGACUUGCGAGAUACUCCUCUCGAGGAUGUCUUCGGCUUGGCCAAGCAGUAUGGAGUGAAAGCAGAGUAUUUCCAGGCAGACGUCAGCAAUGAGUCCCAGUUGACCUCGGCCUUUGAGAAGGUGGUGCAGUCAUUUGGCACGAUUGAUGGCAUUGUAACAGCUGCUGGUAUUGCCAUUGACAAGCCAUUUGUUGACCAGAAAUGGGAAGAGGUUGAAAAAGUGUUGCAGGUCAACACUCUCGGUUCCAUGUUUGCAGCACAACUUGCAGUAAAGCAAAUGCAAAAGCAAGGCACUCCAGGCAGUGUCGUUUUUAUCGCCAGUAUCACAGCACACGUCAACCUUCCAGGCUACCGAAUGGCAGGCUACAACUGUUCCAAGGGAGCCAUCAAAAUGCUGUCGCAAGUACUGUCUGCGGAGCUGGCACCUAAAGGCAUUCGCGUCAACUCGAUCAGCCCAGCCUUUAUCGAAACGAAUCAGACACGGGGUGCACGCGAACACACGACAAAGGCGUGUGGCGACCUCAUGCAGACAGCUCCUCCGAUGGGCCGGAUAGGACAGCCUGAUGAGGUUUCGCCCGCAGCAAUCUUCUUCUUGAGCGAUGCAGCGGCUUAUGUGACAGGUGCUGAUAUUCUUGUGAGUGGUGGUAUCCACACAGGCAGAGGCGGAGAUUACGACAUGUGUGCGCAAUAG